CACAGUAAUUCUGUGUUUUAGUGAGUCUUACAGAUCAGAGAUGUCUCAGAAUGUUCAUGAUGUUAUCAGUAAUGAGGAGCUGAACAGAGGAGAGCGAGUGGAGAUGGGGGUUGAUAUCUAUGAAGGUGCAGACACUGUUAGAGGCCAUGAACCCAACACAGACAUGGAGGACACCAGAACCAAGAGGAUCAUACAAACCCAACAUUUAGGAAUCAGAUGCUACAGACUGGCUGCAGUGUGUCUGGGGCUGCUGUGUGUUCUCCUGCUGACUGCCAUCACAGUGCUGUUGAUGAAGUUUACCACAGAGAGAGACCAGUUACUGACCAGUUACACCAACCUGACUGUAGAGAGAGACCAGUUACAGAAAGAGAGAGACGGAUUUGAGAGGAGCUUUUCUGAACUGGAGAGAUUCAUCAACCAACUAAGAUGGAGAUACUUCAGCUCCAGUAUUUACUACAUCUCUACUGAGAAGAGCUGGAAUAAGAGCAGACAGGACUGCACAGAGAGAGGAGCAGACCUGCUGAUCAUAAACAGCAGAGAAGAACAGGUUGGCUGCGGUGUCAGUCGUCGUUAG